GCGGAGCCAGAGGAGGAGCUCGUAGUCCGGGGAAGGCGCGCAGAGCUGGGAGCGGCGGCGGGAGAGCGCAACUUUGCACUGCCCUUCGCUGCUCCUGCGCUCGCCCAGCACUUCUCAAGAGGGUCCCGGCAGACGGGGUCAGUGCGUGCGCUACGGACGAGCGCCCGGGCGGACCGGGAAGAUGAUGAUGAUGUCCCUGAACAGCAAGCAGGCGUUCAGCAUGCCGCACGGCGGCAGCCUGCACGUGGAGCCCAAGUACUCGGCACUGCACAGCGCCUCGCCCGGGUCCUCCGCGCCCGCGGCGCCCUCCGCUAGCUCCCCUAGCAGCUCGAGCAAUGCUGGCGGCGGCGGUGGCAGUGGCGGGGGCGGUGGAGGCCGUAGCAGCAGCUCCAGUAGCAGUGGCAGCAGCGGCAACAGCGGCGGGGGCUCCGAGGCGAUGCGGAGAGCGUGUCUUCCAACCCCACCGAGCAAUAUAUUCGGCGGGCUGGAUGAGAGUCUGCUGGCCCGCGCCGAAGCUCUGGCGGCCGUGGACAUCGUCUCCCAGAGCAAGAGCCACCAUCACCACCCGCCCCACCACAGCCCCUUCAAGCCGGACGCUACCUACCACACCAUGAACACCAUCCCGUGCACUUCGGCUGCCUCUUCUUCGUCGGUGCCCAUCUCGCACCCGUCCGCACUGGCGGGCACGCAUCACCACCACCACCAUCAUCACCACCACCACCAUCAGCCGCAUCAGGCGCUGGAGGGCGAGCUGCUGGAGCACCUGAGUCCCGGUCUGGCCCUGGGUGCCAUGGCUGGCCCCGACGGCGCCGUAGUGUCCACGCCAACUCAUGCACCGCACAUGGCUACCAUGAACCCCAUGCACCAAGCAGCGCUCAGCAUGGCCCACGCGCAUGGGCUGCCCUCACACAUGGGCUGCAUGAGCGACGUGGACGCCGACCCCCGGGACCUGGAGGCAUUCGCCGAGCGCUUCAAGCAGCGACGCAUCAAGCUGGGGGUGACCCAGGCCGAUGUGGGCUCCGCACUGGCCAACCUCAAGAUCCCUGGUGUGGGCUCGCUUAGCCAGAGCACCAUCUGCAGGUUCGAAUCCCUUACGUUGUCGCACAACAAUAUGAUCGCGCUCAAACCCAUCCUGCAAGCGUGGCUCGAAGAGGCCGAGAAGUCCCACCGAGAGAAGCUCACCAAGCCGGAGCUCUUCAACGGCGCGGAGAAGAAGCGCAAGCGCACGUCUAUCGCUGCCCCAGAGAAACGUUCUCUUGAAGCCUACUUCGCCAUCCAGCCGCGGCCCUCCUCCGAGAAGAUCGCCGCCAUCGCGGAGAAGCUGGACCUUAAGAAAAACGUGGUGCGCGUCUGGUUCUGCAACCAGAGGCAGAAACAGAAAAGAAUGAAAUAUUCUGCGGGCAUUUAGGAGACCCUUGGCCUCUCCAGGGACAUCCCCUCCUCGUCCCCUCUUUUCCCUCCCUCUCUCUCUCCUGCCUCUUUUCUUUC